GCUUUAAAUUUUACGAAACAGAUGUUACCUGGCUAAAACCAUUAAACAACUCAGCAGGAAUCUCUCCUUAGUGGAAAAAAUUCGUUUUGAUGGAAAAAAGUAUGCCGAGCAAAGAGCAUCCUGGGUCGGAGAGCCCUGACGAGCGAGACGAGGCUUCGUCUUCUGGCAUCGAGGAUGGAAGUCCAGAUGCAAGCGAAGACCUGGACGAAACUGAAGACACAGAGUUUGACGAUCUGAACGAACAACUGGACCAGAUAAACAGUUUUAUGGACGAUCUGGAGCAGAAAAACGACAGCCUGCAGGCGAAAUUGCGACAGCUGUUAGCAAUGAGCAGGGAGGAACGGCUAGCUGCCCAAACGGAACAAAUGACCGUGGCUGAAGGUGCUGUACAGCAGCCAGAGGAAAAAUCUUAAGGCUCAUUUAAAAUGUUAAAUAAUGUGAUAAAACGAUUCCAAUCGCUGUAAAUAUGUCCAUAAUGCUAUAGCUGCCAGCUUCAGUCAUUCCUGUGAAUUAAUCAGUCCUUAACGCACCAUAAGGCAACUGUGUUUAACUCGAUACAAUAUAAUAAUAAUUAUUGUUUAAACAACAGAUUAUUCAAGUGGUAA